AUGGCCGGAUCAGGCUUGUCGGUCGCUGUCCCCUACUUGAUGCAGGAGUAUCGCAAGUCUGAGUCUGCUGCUGUGCAGCUGCUCACUUAUAACUUUCUGUUUCUGAGCAUCGGCAACAUCUUCUGGGUGCCUCUCGCCAGCAAAUUCGGCAAACGCGCUUCUCUGCUUCUCUCCAUGACUCUCCAGGCUGGCGCCCUGGUAUGGUGUGCGACUGCCACCAGCUUCUCCGGUCUGCUAGCGGCGCGAUGUGUGCAGGGGUUCGUAGGCGCCGCAGGCGAGAGUAUCGUGCCUGAACUUGCCGCGGAUAUCUUCUUCCUGCACCAGCGGGCCUCGAUGAUGUCCAUAUAUGUGAUUCUGAUCUCAGGCGGCACCGCCAUCGGCCCGCUAGUGAAUAGUCUGAUGGUACAAUAUCUACCGAGCACCUGGCGGGCCUUCAUGUGGUUGUGCGUUGCGCUAGCGGCGGCCGAUAUCGUCUUGAUAUUCUUCCUGUGUCCCGAGUCUAACUUCCAGCGUCCGGAGUGGGAUGCGACCAGUCCUAACGGACUCGACACGACGGAGGCGGAAAAGACAAAUGGCUCUGGAGAGAUAUUCUUCGAAAAUGUGAUCCCAGAGGCGGGGUAUACUGUGCGCCAGCCCUCCCUUACGGAGAUGAUCGUGCCAAUCCGCGUCGACCGCAAUCUCAACUUCUUUCGAGCCAUGGUAGCGCCCCUGCAUGGACUGAUCCGGCCAGCCGUGAUUUGGGUAGUGCUCCUCUAUGGAUGUGCCCUCAGCCCGCAGAUUAUCUUUAUCUUCACUAUGUCCUCCCUCCUUGAAGCGCCCCCCUACCUCUUCUCCUCCGUCGCCGUCGGCCUAAUGGAGGUCGCCGCGCUUAUCGGCUUUCUCCUAGCCUGCUACGGCGGCGGCAUGCUCUCCGACCUCAUCAACGAUCAUAUUGUGCGCCGGCGGGGCUACGGGCAGGCUCGCGCCGAGGAUCGACUGCUCUCUCUGAUUCCGGGCAUGGCCAUUGGACCCGCAGGAUGCGUGCUCCUGGCCUUUUGCUGCCAGAACCACCUACACUGGGCAGCUAUCGCCGUGGGAUUCGGAAUGGUCUCGUUCGGAUCGGUUUACACUCCCAACAUUGCCAUCACCUACUUGGCGCACCGGCAUCAAAGGGAUGCGGCGCAGUGCUUGGUGCUGGUUAACGUGGUGAAAAACCUAGUAGCCUUUUUGUUCCUAUAUGAGGCGGUGGAGUGGGUGCAGAGCCAGGGAUAUUUACAGGCAUAUCUGGUGAUGUUUGUACUGGGGGUGGCUACCAUCGCAGGGGCAGUGCCACUUUAUUUCUUUCACAGGAAGCAGUAUGUUGAGUAA